AACAGCAACAACAACAAAAAAAAAAUUUAGCCAAAGCUCUCUUUCUCCCUCGCAGCAGGCGACGGUGCCCCAGAUUUAGAGGCUUCUACUCACUCUAUCGACCGCCCUUUUUCUUCCCCUUUUCCCCUCCCAACCGCCUCCUCCUCCCCCUCUUAUCUCUCGCCCUCUCUCUCUUCCGCUUCUUCUUCGCCGGAGCAUUCUACCACCGUCCCCGAGUUCAGGUCUACAGCUAGAUGAUCAAAGAAGUUGAAUUGGCGUGUUGAUUAUGCUGCAGGCAAUGAGUUUAAUUUAGUUCACAGCCAUUGGGAAUGGGUGGUAUUCACGCUAAACGCCACGAGUCCUUCGUUGAUGGUUCAUGAUAUUUGUCUUUGAAUUUUAGCAGUGUAGUUGUACAGAAAAUUCUUCGUCCUUUGAGCUAUUAGCAAGCCGUUAUGGUUGAGGGUCCGUUUUAGUUCAGGUAGACUAGGUAUACAUUAUAUCUCAUACUUAUAGCAACAGCCUUCUAUGUCAACAGUCGACCAUAUGGGUGUUUCUCCAUCUAAAGUUAGUGAGACGUCCUAUCCUAAACAAGCAACAGUGGAACAGACUCACGACUUAGGAAAUGAAUGUAGAAUUAGUGGAAUUUGCUGCGAGAAAGAUCAGUCUGUGUCGGCGCAAACGGAGCUAACAGAUACAGAUGUUGUUGCCUCCAUGAGCCUAACCACUGAAAUCUGUGAGCCAUCUGUCAAAGAUGCAUCAGAACAGGAUGGUAACAGGUCUGGCUUGCAGCUUAAAGAAGCAGGCAUGGACAGUCUGAUUGCUAAGAAUGGGAGCCUGGACCAAACUACAGUAGAGCAGAAUCCUAAUUGUGCCUGUGAACAUGAGCACAACAAAGUUGGUGAUGCAUGUCUACAGGAUAAACAUUUUAGUGACGAUGAUAUGCCUACUCCUAGUACUCAGCUAACUCAUAGCCAAGGAAUUGGUAGUGAACCAUCAAACUGCUUAUUGAAAGAAACUUCGCAACGGUUACCUGAAGAUGUUGCUAAGUGUGACCACACUGAAGGUUUAAGAACUGCCUGUGAGGAUGCGGACAGGAUUGAUAAUUCUGAUGGAAGUUUUUGUCGUCUUCAACGUUCAAUAUGGAAAACAGAUAAGCCACAUCUUAGUACCAAAGAAAGAAAACAUGGUAAAGUGGAGAUUGAUCCUGUUUCAUCCACUUGUAAUUCGCUUGAGCAAUCUGAACCACUUUCCACGGUUGUGACCAUAAGCACUCCCAGCAAACAGGAAGAUAUGUCUGCUGGUGAUGCUACCCUGUUAUCUGCUGAACAACCUGGACUCCCUAAUGAUGGCCAGAAGUCAACCAAUGGAAAGCAGUUAAGAAUUCCUCAUAGAGAGGUGGUGUGUGGUCUUAGCUACAUUGACCACACUACUAAGAGAGGGUCUUCAGCACGAGGUGAUAGGAAACUCCAGUUGAAGUCACAAGGUAAACAGAAAAGUACCGAGUCAGGUGGAGACCCAACUAAUGUUAGCCUUGAUGGGAAGAAACAGAAGAGAAGAAAGAAGGAUAGGAAGAAGGGAACUGUGACAGAUGAGUACACUAGAAUCAGGUCACACCUCAGAUAUUUAUUGCACCGAAUGAAAUUCGAGCAAAGCCUGAUUGUUGCAUAUUCUGCAGACGGUUGGAAAGGACAAAAUCUGGAAAAGUUGAAACCUGAGAAGGAGCUGCAACGAGCCUCAUCUGACAUUUUUCGUCUUAAAGUAAAAAUAAGGGAAUUAUUUAAACACAUUGAUUCACUAUGUGCUGAAGGAAGCUUCCCUGCAUCUAUAUUCGAUUCUGAUGGACAGAUUAGUAGUGAGGAUAUAUAUUGUGCAAAAUGUCAAUCCAAAGAACUUACAGCAGAAAAUGAUAUUAUACUUUGUGAUGGUGCUUGUGACCGAGGAUUCCAUCAGUUCUGUCUGAUACCUCCUUUGUUGAAAGAAGACAUUCCUCCCGAUGAUGAGGGCUGGUUGUGCCCUGCAUGUGAUUGCAAAGUUGAUUCCAUCGCCAUGGUUAAUGACUACCUAGGAACGAAUCUAUCUAUCACUGAUGGCUGGGAGAAGGUAUUCCCUGAAGCUGCUGCCACAUUAUCCUCACCACAUCCAGGUUCCAAUUUGGGAGUUCCUUCAGAUGACUCGGAAGAUGAUGAUUAUGACCCUGAUGGUCCAGAAGUUGACGAGAAAAGCCAGGGAGGCGGAUUGGGUACUGAUGAAUCUGACUUCAGUUCUGCAUCUGAGCAGCUUGGGACUUCCCGUGACGAGAAGUAUUUGGGUCUUCCAUCUGAUGACUCAGAAGAUGAUGAUUAUAAUCCUGAUGGUCGAGGGCCUGAUGAACCAACGAGGGAAGAAAGUUCAGGUUCUGAUUUUUCAUCCGAUUCUGAGGAUCUAGAUGCUGUUCUUGAGGAUAAUGAGUUGCCUGAAGAAAAUGGGAACCUAAAAGUCGUUCAGCGUGGUGGAAUCAAGAGGCGGUCACUAAACAGUGAACCAGUAUCAACAUCAGAGCCAGAUGACAUCGUAGAUGAUUCCUUACUGCUAGCCGGGAAAAGAAAUGUUGAAAGACUGGACUAUAGGAAACUAUAUGAUGAAACAUAUGGGAAUGGUUCGUCUGAUUCAAGUGAUGAUGAGGACUAUACUGCCGGGAAAAAGCUUAGGAAAAAGGCCACAAUGGCUGCUCCAUUCUCUAAAAAUCGUGUUGUGAAGUCUGAGGGAACAGAGCAAGUCUCCGGGGACAACGAAAUCACCCCUAGGAGAAGAUUCCGUGGUAAGUCCAAUGUUAAGGCUGAAUCUUCUCAGUCAACUCGUCGUAUAAGAAGAGGACCCUAUAAAAAACUUGGGGAAGCAGUGAUACAGUCCUUUUUCCAGAGGCUUCAUGAAUCUUUUCAGGAGAAUCAGUAUCCUGACCAUUCCACAAAGGAGAAGUUGGCAACAGAGCUUGAACUUACUAUGGAUCAGGUUACCAAAUGGUUUGGGAAUGCUCGUUGGAGCUAUAACCAUUCAUCAACGCCCGGAGGGAGUUCAAGUAAAAAAAGUACUUCGAGAAAGAAUGUCAGCAAGGUCCCUGGAACUGCCAUCAAACAGCAUCAGGGUGAGCAUCAUGAUGUCAAUGUCGAUGCCGUUUGUAAUGGGGGAUCGCAAAACCGGAAACCUUUGGAGAAUGACGCGGAUGGUGUUGCUGAAAGUUGCAUCAAAGGUGCAGGGGACAGAAAAUUGGAUGCACAUGAAGGUACCAAGUCGCGGCCCAGAGGCAGAAAACGUAAAUCCGAUAAACAGUCGGUGGAGGCAGAAAUCAAAAGUGAGGGAGCAAGUAUGGGGGGCUCGAGUUCGCAGACGACUCUCCGGGUGAGUGGCAGAUUGAAAAGAAGAAGGAAUUCUGUUGGGUGAGGUGAUUGAAUGAUUUAAUCAAGGUGUGGCUUCUUUCUAGAGGAGUAUAUGGCAACCAGUGCUCGAUUGGUGCUUCUGCGACAAGGCAACCGGUGCUCUUUUGAUUUUUUGGUCCCCGAGUUCGAGUACUGGUAUCUCUUCUUCGUCGUAUUUAUAUGCAAAAGAACAUGAGUACUGAUAUGCUUUUACUUCUGAUGCUCCUAUCGUGCAAGUUGUGAUGCGGGCAAACUACCAUUGUUGUUCCCCUAUCUCGGCAGUCCCUUGUGCUGCUCCUUGAUCGUGAACCCGAUUGGGGACCGUUGUUGUAUGGUGUCGAAGCUUGGCUGCGAUUUCCUGAGGUCACUUUAAUUCACCUUCAUGUAUCAACUGUUCAUUUUUUGGUUUGCAUCAUAAGAUGUAUGAAUCUGACUUCUGUAUUUUCGGUUUCUGGAGAAUUAAAUCUCCAAGUCGAUUGUUUACUGUUGGAUCUAUUGACUAUUGGGAUUAGCACAAAGCUCCGUGAGUCCACAUUUGGUGACAAAAAUCGUUGUGCGUGAUUUACAAUACAUUUUGGCACUCUAUGAAUUGCUUUACACAAGCGCGACUUAUUAUAGUAUUGAAUCGCGGAAUAUA